UAUGAUUUUUGACCUAACCUUACAUUGAAAGUCAAAAUAUUUAAAGUUCAAUAUUUAUUUAAUAAUUUAAACUUCCAUUUCAAACAAAUGUUCAUAUAUUGAAAUGUAUCAUUGUCUGAGAUUUUGUCAAAGAUUCUUCAAUUCUUUUACUCUGGAAACAGUGGAUACGGUUAUUCGACACAACAGAAGAAUCUAUUCAAAUGGAAGAAUCAUUCCUAGAUAUUAUAAUACAGUUAGUUCUGCCUUCGAAGAAGGUCGAAUCAUACCAAAACGAGAAGUAUCGAGUUUCGAUGAAUUGCUUUUAUACUUAAGUAAUCAACAAAGAAUACAAGUUGAACAGAUGUCACAACUCUUCACUACUAUCAAAGACGACAAUUUGACUGAAAAACAAGUAUUACUCCUACUUGAUUGCUGCAGUAAUUCUAUUCCUAGUGAAAAUAUUAAAACUAAGCACAAUUUAUGUGAGGCUGUACUGAAAAAGUUUGAAAUCACUGGAAAAUUCUCAGAGAAAGUUUAUGAAUCCUAUAUUAGUAUAUGUACAAAAAAUAAGCAAUGUUUAGAUGUAGAACUAUUAAUUUCUUCUCUUGGAAAUAAUAUAACACCUAAUAUACUAAAGUUAAUAUUGCAAAAUGUUUGUGAGUGUGGAGAUAAUGACAAGGCAUUUAAAGUAUUGGCUGAAAUGAAGAACAGACAGUAUGUUUUGGAUGAAAGUGUGUUCAACUACCUUGUUCUGGCUCAUGCUAUUGAGGGAGGUCUGCAGUCAGCUCUUAACAUAGUGCAAACAAUGAACACGGCAAAACUUAAAGAAAGCAGUGAAACUUUGUUUUUCAUCAUCAAGGGACUAUCACAGAGAAAAGACUUGAAAGAAUUCAAUGAUGCUCUGGAGCUAUACAAAAUCAGUUAUAGUGAGGAUAUGAUAUUAUCACUGUUGGAAUCAUUGGGAUAUAGUGGAAAUCAUGCUGGAGUCAAACUUCUUACAAACUUAGUUGAUAAAACAUUGCUCAGCAGACAUUUCUUUAUCGAGUUAGAGCAACUUUGUAUAAAUUUGGUACAUUAUGGAAAAUAUGAUGCUGCCUUUGAAAUAUACAAAACCUUUGUAGAUGUUAAGCCAGAUACUGUUUAUGGAGGGUGUAUUUUGAGAGAAAUGCUUCUUUGUUCAGCACCUUUAGAUAAGAUUGUGGAGAUCGCAGACGACUUGAAGCAGGCUGGUUUGAAUGAAUAUGCUCUAGAGAAUGUGACUGAAGCUGCCAUGAGGAAUAAAUUAUUUUCGUCUGCUUUGAAUUUACUUGCUCAUUUCAGUACGUUGAAGCCUCAUUAUUUUUGGCCACUAUUAAUUGAAGCUCAUAAAAGGGAUGGUGAAAUAGGUCUUCUAGAAAUUGUGCGGUCUGCCUCUGAAAUGAAUGUAAAAUUUGAUUCUGAAUCAUUUGAGACAAUCAUUUUACCACUAUGUAACUUGAGGAAUCCACAAAGAGUUUUAACGAUGUUCAAAGAAAUUGGUUACAGUGUGAGAGAGUUAUUAACCCCAAUGAUAAUUGCCUUACUCAGGAGGAAGGAUACGACUUCGGCCUUGCAGUUAUGUGAUACUUACAAAGACGUUAAACUAAACGCAGAAGAUAUACUGAAAUCACUACCUAUUACGUGGCUAAGUACAGGGAAUCAUAAUGGAUGUCUCACAUUGUUACAAAAAAUUUCUGAGCCACAAAGUGAAAUUUUUCUAGGAAAAUUUCUAAUAGACGUGUUGGAAAAAAUGAGGAACACUUCCCGACUGAAAAACUUUCUUGCUUUACUCAGGGAAUACAAAAAGCGUAACUUACAGAUUAGCACCUCUACUGCAGAUUCUCUGUUUUUCUUUCUAAAUGGGAAUUUAUAUCUGCCUGACAAAAAAGAAGAACUAACAAGUGCUAUCAAUGACUUACUCGAUUUUUCUCAAAUACCAACAGUGCAACCUUUUAUACAUCCGAGAGACAUGACUAUCGAACAGCUAGAACUGCACCUUAUCGAGCUGAAGAGCAAGGGGAUGGAGACGAGAGGAGUUCUGAGAAAACUGAUUCAAAAGUAUGCCGGUCACGGAAACCCAGAGAGAGUCAGAGAACUGCGAGGCGAGCUAGCGGCGAAGGGUUACAGCACUUCGCCUGGCAUUAAAUCGGCAGUGCUUCAUUCUCACGUCCAAGAGGGCGAUCUUGAAGAGGCCCUCGAGAUCUACGAAGAAAUCAUGACCUCCUGUCCCUACUUCAAGAUGGAUAGUUUCAAAAUUAUUGAUCUUGCCAGGUUACUGGUGAAGAACGAUAGGUUAGAAAAGGCUGUAGAAAUCCUGAAGAGAUCAGCAAUACAAAAAGAAUCUCGGCAAUCUAUAGAGGCUUGGAAGUCCUGGGAGAGGAACUGUGUGAAUCUGUUGAAGAGUGCACGGGAUAUAGAUGAGCAGAAUGUGAUAUUCAAAGUUUUACUUGAUAACGGUUAUUGCGAACCCAGCAACGUGAUUUUGGGCGCCAUCAUUCAGCUGCAUUUACAUAAAGAUACGUUAGAAAACACGGUGGACCUGUAUGUUGAUUUCUCUAAAAAAUACGGCAAAACGCCGAUGCAUGUUGUUUUACUGUCUGAAGCAUUAGAAGCUGGCAAAGAUGAGCUUCUACAGAGAAUUCUGGAUGCUUCAGCCGUGGUCCAUGGGAGCACUGCUGCACGAUCAGCACUGGUGGCAGCCAUGUGUGAAAAAGGUUUCGUCAAACAGGUUGUCACAAUUUUACAGGGUUGUUCGAUAAAUCCAUCCGCUGAUAUAGAAAGAAGAUGUGAUAGAUGGGUUCAAAUGAGUAAUAUGAAAGCACUUCAGACUUUAUUGGAAGCAGCGAAAGAAUUGCCCUCCAAAUUGUUGAAUAUUCCAAAAAUUCAAUUAUCUAUCAUGCGAUUGUACAGUAAACGUAAUGACUGUGAUGGUGCGUUAAAAUUCUGGAAGGAGCUCGUUGAUGAAGAAGAUCAUGUAGAUACUGAAGUUGAUAACGAGUUUUGCGAGUUAUUGAGUAGAUGUAAAUUUAAUUCGCCUGAAAAUUUAGACAUGAAAUAUAAAUUGAAGUGAU